UUCAAUCAGAUCACAGCGAGCUUCCACAGACUGCUACGCAUCCGGACAAUCCGCACACUCUGGGAGCAUUUCUGGGCUGUUCUGCUGCUUCUGUUUUUCAUUUUGUUCAAAAACAAAGGGAAUUUUUCCGAAACAUUAUUGCCAACAUCAUGAAGGAAAGGAGGAACACACAGCCGCUGGUGGUGAGAUGUAAACUGGUGCUUGUGGGAGACGUUCAAUGCGGAAAAACGGCGAUGUUACAAGUGCUGGCGAAGGAUUGCUAUCCAGAGACCUACGUGCCCACGGUGUUUGAAAACUACACAGCCUGUCUAGAGCUCGAGGAGCAGCGCGUGGAGCUCAGUCUGUGGGACACUUCAGGUUCCCCGUACUACGACAAUGUGAGGCCCCUGUGCUACAGCGACUCAGAUGCAGUUUUGUUAUGUUUUGACAUCAGCCGCCCGGACACUGUGGACAGUAGUCUGAAGAAGUGGAAAACUGAGAUCCUGGACUUUUGUCCAAGCACUCGUAUCCUCCUGAUUGGCUGUAAGACUGACCUGCGCACAGAUGUCUGCACGCUCAUGGAGCUGUCCAAUCAGAAACAGACUCCCAUCACAUAUGAGCAGGGUUCUGCGAUGGCCAAGCAGCUGGGAGCAGAGGCUUACCUGGAGUGCUCGGCGUUCACCUCAGAGAAAAGUAUCCACAGCGUGUUCCGCACAGCAGCCAUGGCCUGCAUCAACAAGCUGCAGCCCCUUCCCAAGAACAGCCCCACCCGCCGCCUCUCCAAAAGACUCCUCCACCUGCCAAGCAAGUCAGAUUUGCUCUCCUCCACCUUCAAGAAGGAGAAGGCCAAAAGCUGCUCAGUCAUGUGAGUGGAGACCACGGGGGUCACAGCCUUCACAUGAAACCCCAAGCCCCCUGCCUCUUUGGUCUUGGGGAAGGGGGGGUGGGCAUGAUGGUUUUAUCAGGGCUUCCUGCUGGAUCCUUCCCUCAUCCCCCCGGAAACCAAACACCCCUCAGAAGAGGUGGGCACCUCGCUGUCCACUUGCUCCUGAACCUUUUAACGCACAUCCAUCAUUUACCACCACUGUAUCUUGCUUUAAAACAAAAUCAGUUUAAGUUUGACCAUGGAGCUGUCAUUUUUUUCCCCACCUGCAAACAGUAUGCAACUACAGCGGUGUAACAUCUGUCUGAUUUUAAUAUCUCUAGGCACAUGUUGAUUUUGUCCAAAUUGGAAAUGUGCAACGUGUGACGUUUAAUCUUGUGAUGUAAAUGCCUCUCAGAUGAUUCAAUGGAUAUUUUUCUAAGUAAAAUAUAUCUAGCAUGAAACUGUCAGGAAUACACAAAUUCCUGUACAUCCCUAUUAGUAAGGCGUGAAAUAGCUUUUCGUUGGCGUCCCCAUUUAGGAGUGUGAGAGCACAGAGGUGCAGAGUGAGUACAGAGGGACAGAGCCCAGUGAAAGCUAUUACACAAUGAGCUGUUCUCAUUGUCCCAGUGCUGAUGAGAGCGGGAUAAGAGCUGUGAGCGAAGGCUGCCAUGCAGACAGACAGCAGUCUAGACUAUCUCAACCUGCAUGCAUUGUUGAUGCACGGUUGUGUAGCUCUGCACAGUGCUGCCCCACAGAUAGCAGAGGAGGUUCAGUGUGUACGGGAUGAGAACAAACUAAACAUAAAGGGAUGUUCAGUCGGGCUUCCAGUGUCCCUGCUGUCACAGGUAGAGUCUAUUUUAAAAUGCUAUUUUGGUGAUGGGACAGACACACCUCAAGAGAUGCUGUUGUUGUGUCCAAGAGCAGAGAGACAAACUGCUCAAAGCCAAGCUGUUGAGCGUUUUUUUUAUGAAGCUCAAACUGGUUCAUCAGUCAGUGUUAUUAGGCAUAUUUAAAAGCAUAGGAUUACGCCUACCUAAGUCUAGCUGACAGCUUAUGGGAAAAAUCUGGCUGGUAGUUUCAAAUAAUUAUAGGAAAAAGGAUUUGUAGCAUUGUAUUGUUGAUAGAUUCAGCAAUUUUCAAAUGGUAUGCAGUUCUGAAAAAUGCCUUUCAUGUUGCCAAAAGUCAUUGAUUUUUGACUUUUGUAAUCUGCCUGUGGAUUUCUCUCAUUUGAAACGAUCCGAUGUAGCAUUCCAAACCUGACUCUAUACUUCCAAGACGACUCAAAGUUUUUGCGUCGGACACUCUUGUUGUUCCAUCGACCUCCAAUAAGAAGCACUUACUGUAGGUUACUAUGACUAUACCCAGCGAAAUUGGACCGUUUUCUGAGCUUAAAUCUUUGGCUUGAUGGUUGAGUGUGUGUGCAGCAGUGAUCUCUGUGCUUCGAACCAUAAAGCAAUAAUGAUUUAACCGCUUGUGAUGCAAAGGAAACCUGUGCGGCAAUAAAGAUGCAGCUUUGUGAAAACCGUCAUGCUAAAGUGGUCCAUUGACAUCAAACCAUCUCUGCUGUACAAAGAGGCCGCUAAUUUGUGUUUGCCCCUGUUCCUCCUUGUAUAAGUAGCAACUGGAAUAUAGAGAAACCAAUGAAGUCAUGCAAAGGAGUAGUUUGGGAAUAAGAGGAAACAGUGCUCUUUGAGUUGGAAAUGCUAGACUUUGCUGUCAAUAUUACGCAAUCGUAACAAAAAGAGUUGGACAGUAGGACUUAAAUUAGCUGCUUGUGUGAGCUGACAGCAGAAUAUUCUUUACAAAUUGGGAAUCUACUAGGAAGCCUGCAAAAGUCUAACAAUCAUGUUGUAAAAAGGGCUAGUUUGUGAGAAAAAAAAAAUCAAAUAAUAUGGAAGAAAAGAGAAAAAAAAGACUCAAAUGCACAGGCUGGCCCUGUCCAAAGUAAGCUAUUUUUCCAUUAAGUGUGUUUUUUAUUUAAUUUUUUGUAAAUGUGUACUGUAAGUUUGAUUUUAUUUUGCCUGUUUGUUGGUAUUUAAAAGCAUGAUGUGAGUCCCGGUGUUGUCUUGGAAAUCUCUCUCUGAGAUGGUUGUAGCGCCUUUAUGCAGCUGUGGACUGACCUGUGAGUCGGAGGAAAGUAAAGAUGUGAUUUGCACAAAAGCUUCCAGUUCAUGGUCACACACCAACAUUCCUCGGCAUCGCCUAGCAACAUUUCAGCAUAGGAAACAGACCAGGCUCUCUGGUUGGUUGUUUGGACAGAGAGGGUUGGCUCAUGAGCAGACAUCCCCACAUCCAUUAUUACACCGUCAGUUAUGCAUUUAUUGGCAGGCUUGUUUCUAUUUUGACUUAGUGUCAGGAAGCUGAUGCCUUCUGAAGACAGUUAGGCUCACAGACCAAGUCAGUUAAUAUGCAGACUUUGUGUUGUAGUCAGUGUGUGGUACAAUGGUGCAGUCAAACUCCUAAGCAUGUCCUAUUGAAGUUGUAUGAUUGUACAUACCGUCUCCUGUUUUAUAAUCAAUGUAAGACAUCCUCAAUGAUGUCAAAUGGAAAAAUUGUUGUUGUGUACAUUUAUUUUGUAGCUAUAUUUGCCUUUCUUUUGAUUGACAUGUUAUUUGUUGAAAAUCUAUUUUUGAAAAUAGAACUUUUUUUCCACUUUAUUUCGUUUGUUUCUGCUGUGAUGAAUAAAGCUUGCCAUGUCCGGCACCCUUG